CUUUACACUCCCAAUAGGUUUGGAGGAAUCAUCAGGACGUUAUACACACUUUGGAGGAUCAACAUAAUCAGGACCACAGCUCGACUAAAUGCAACAUUCCCUUUAGCUUUAAGAGGUCCAGAUAUCUGAGUGCAUCAUGGAUUUUGUGAUGAAGCAAGCGCUGGGCGGAGCCACUAAAGACAUGGGUAAGAUGUUAGGAGGAGAGGAGGAGAAGGAUCCUGAUGCCCAGAAAAAAGAAGAGGAGCGUCAGGAGGCUCUGAGACAACAGGAGGAGGAGAGGAAGGCCAAACAUGCUCGCAUGGAGGCAGAGAGAGAAAAGGUCCGACAGGCCAUUCGAGAUAAGUAUGGACUAAAGAAAAAAGAGGAGAAAGAAGCCGAGGAGAAAGCAGCUAUGGAACAAGCGUGCGAGGGCUCACUGACUCGCCCCAAAAAGGCCAUCCCAGCAGGCUGUGGGGCGGAAGACGACGAGGAAGGGGAGAGCAUACUAGACACCGUUCUCAAAUUCCUGCCUGGACCUCUGCAGGACAUGUUUAAGAAGUAACGGACACAAACGCUGAUUCCUACAGGAAUUCGGGUGCCGGGGGGAUUUUUUGCCAAACAGGUGAAAGGCUUUUCACUGCCUUGACAGAGUUUGAUUUACUCUUCUCUGAGGAUAGAAACACAAUUCAUAACCCGACAAAGUUUGGUCUUUUCACUGCCAUUCAGGUAUAGAUUGUUUACACUUUCUAUAGAUCUUUCUAUUUGUUUACUAGUGCAUCGCCAGGGUCUCUGAUAUUUUCUGCCUCAUAGAUUCUUAAUGAUCAGCCCCACAUUCAAAACUGAUAUUGAUCUUUUGUACGGGGAAAAUAUGUCUGUAAUUUUUUCAGUAAAGAUUUUACUGAUCAGUUAUGUUCAUGAAGCCAAGAUAUGUUGUCAUUUGUUCAAUGGGAGACACUGUUAUGCUAAUCACCUGAAUGCUCACAUGGUUCGCAGCCUGGCAGUUCUCAUUUGUUUAUGAUAUAUUAUUCAUUUAGAUUAUUUUCUUUAUAAACAAUCUUUUCUCCUAUCAGUUCCUUGUAGUGUGAAUUAGAACUUGGCCUGACCACAAGUAAUAUUCACAUACAUUUUGCCAGCAGAAGAUAUCAGGAAAAGCUCAGAACAGCAAAAAAUGGCACAGUUUGUCUUUAUAUAACCCGGACCAAAUUACCCAUACAGUUUUCAGGACGGUAUUGAAAUGACAAGAAUCUACAGAAGCUUCAAUAUGUAUUCAGAUGUCAAACACUGUUUCACUGAUGAUCUGAUGUUAGAUUACAGGUGACAAUCAGAAACAAAUCCAAGCGAAUUUUGGACGUGAGAAAUAAUUAUACAGCUGGUCUUAUAAAGAGCUCUCUCUUAUUUUUGUAAUAUUUGCUAUACAAUUUAAAAUUGACAAGUGCCCAAACCUAAAAACAAGAUAUACUACGGACUUUGGAUGUUGGUAUAUGUUUCAAAUUUUCCAAAAGUCUUAAUUUAAGAAAAAACACAAUGUGAACAAUUAUCAAGUAUUACUGCCAAAUUUGAAUCAUCGUUUUAGACAUCGUGUAUGAAAAAAUAAACAUGAUUCAAUCACAGCAGAAACACAAAAUGUAAAACACCAAAGAGGGACUAAAUUCAUUUCAUUUCUACGCCUCAGUAUACUUUGAGAUUGAUGCCAUAGUGCUAAAAUUCCAAUAAACAGAAUAUUAUGUAUAAUAUUUUCUUACGUUCAAUCAACAAGAAUGUUUUCUUCCUGCGGUGAGAGCAAAACUGCAGACAUCAUACUAGUUUAUUAAAAAUGCAAAUACAGUAUAUGGUCCAAAAAUGUCAUCUUAGUGCUGGCAUGUCUGAAGUGCAUUUUUAAACAGUGACUUUAAAAAAUAUAACAAUGCCUUGUUAUCUGAAUAAUUUAAUUAUGUUUUCAUGUUUGAAGCAUUGAGUAAACACUGCCAUUUGAUAAACAUGUUGACACUUCUUGUGGGUGAAAGGUUAAACGUUUACAUAACCGUUUAUUAAUACAGGGGUAUUAAAAGAGGCUCAUUUUGUAAAGAAAUACUCAACCGGGUGUUGUGUUGCAUGAUGAAAAAUAUAAACUAAGGGUUCGUUGAAUAAAAAUAAAGUUAGUAUAUGUAUGUUUUCCAACCAAUCACAUUUAAAUGUGACCCUUUUUAAACUAUUUUAGCAAAAUAUGUCAACUACAGGAAUAGACGUAUCUGUAUCCAUUAGGCUGAAUGUUCUGCGAUCGAAAUGCUUUUUAGAUUGUGAAAAUCAUUCAAAAAAUAGAAUAACGUCCAACUUUAAAGUAAACCUUCACUUUAGCGGUACCGAAGCGUGUUUUUUAAAUGAAUAUCUCUUAAGAAAGAAUGAGACUGACUUUUUCAUUUUUGUAGUCCUGAAGUGUUUUUCACUAGUCAAAGCCAUAUUGUUAGACUGCAAUAAGAAAUAAAAAAUACUACGUAGAUAAAUCACCCUGUAGUUAUGCAUCUGUUAUAUCUGUACAAAUGUGUUGAUAUCUAUUUAAUCUGUCUUCAUAGUAUGUCAGGAAGUGUAUAAGCUAUACACGGAUAUUUCUGUAGAGAGAGAAUCUUUUAAAAAGAUUGCUACUGUACUGUUGUAAUGUCAACUGUGUGUGCUAAAUGUAAGUGCGUAUUUAUAUGUGUGUCUGUAUUUGUCCGUGCUGUAAAAUAUGUUAUUGAAGCUGUUGAUGUCUUUUAAAUCAGAGCAGGCUGUGCCCGCUGUCAUGGAGACAGUGGAAACGGGUUGUAUGGGUCUUUAAUGUUUAUGUAUGCAUGCAGAUAAACUUUGCAUUAAAUACCAAAUCAGAACGUCCGGAUGUAAGAUGUUUGUGUAUUCCUGUCUGUCCCUGCAACAGAAUCCGUCUCCAUCUGUCUUAUGGGGGGUAUGGUAAAUUUAUCAAGCCUGUCAUUCAGGUUGCUGGUCGAAAUGUUAGUUCUGGAGAUGUUAGUUGUUUAUCAUUUGCAAUCUCAAACAAAAAUGUUUAGUACAAUAUUACAUAUUGGCGUAAAUGACAUCCAAUGCAGUGGUUCAUCCCUUUAUGCCAACAAUGAAAUACUGAGGCCACCAAAAAGUAUAGAACAUUUAAGCCACACUUUAAAAUGCAAAUGAUAAUAAAUGAAAUGAUAAUGCAACAACAAUCUUCAAUCAUUUAGACAAUUGAUUUUAAACUUGACCUUUCUUUGAAUUGUUUCCUGUGUUUUUAUAUGAUCGCUUAUAUUGUGUUACAUAAUCCAAGCAUGGUCGUACAUUGCAAGGGUCUUCUAAGUGUCCAAAUACUUUUGUAGGCUCUAUAUUUAGUAAUUCACAGAAUUCCCUCUUUAUACAUUCCAGCUGACAUUAAUUGCAUUGGGUAAUAAAUAACUGGGUAAAGGGGCUUACUGUGUUGGUGAUUCUCUCAUGUUUAGGAUGCUUUGGACUUUUAAUGUCCUAUAAAAUAAAAUGAUUUCUUCAUCUGUUCAUUUGACGUUAUUUGAAUGAUCUGGAGCGUGUCUUUCUUUUGGUUCAUCUUUUAAGUGUAAUCACAUAGUAUCCUAAUUCUUUAUCCUAGCGAUACAGUGCUCUGUCUUUCUUUCUUACUGAAAGGAACAGGAAGCUAUUAUGUAGAGUAAAAGAUUUCCCUCCAACUGUUUAUAAAUGAUUUAUUACUGACUUUGUUCUUUUAGAUUUCAGGGAUGAGCUGCAGAAUUAAUAAUGAAUAGAUGCCCAGUCAGAGAUUCUGUUUCAAGAACCAGAUUUUACAUUUGAGCGGUAUAAAAAUUGUUUAGUGUACAAAGUAACAAAUGUUAUGUUAUUAAAUGUUAAAUGUUAUUAGAAUGAAACAUUUUUAAAGCUUUAAGCAUUAACAUGUAUUAAUAUUGCUUGAAAAUAUGUACAAAUGUAUGGAAGCCCUGAACUGCAACAUUUAAUUGUGACAACAUUUAACAAAAAUUAAUUGUGAUGAGAGAAAGAAAAUUUUCAUUUUUUUCGCUCUUUCAAAUUUUCGCAAAAAAGAUUUGAAGAGCAAAAAAAUAGUUUUUAAAAGCAAAAAGUUUUGAAAAGCAAAAAAGGUUUUGAACAGCAAAGUUUUGAAGAGCAAAAAAGUUAUGAUCAGCGGAAAAAAAUAAUUUACUGCGAGAAAAAAAAUGUAAAGCUCGAAAAAAGUGUUUCAAGGAGAGAGAGAAAGUCCUUAGGCUCAGAAAGUAGACACUAUUUUUAUCCCCGCAAUGAUUUUAAUUCACAUUGCGGUUAAGGGCCACCGUAAAAAUGCUUACAGAGCUUAGAAAAUAUGAAAAUGGUUAUGAACAUUUUUUAAUACCUCGAACAACAAUUGUGCCCAAACCUUUUGUAUAAAGUUGCCGUUACUUCAUCAUCCUGUAUGCUUUUUACAAGAGGUGCUGUAAAUCAGUUUUUGUGCUAUUUGUAAGUAUCUGACACAUGAUCAGCAUUCUAUAUAUCAGAUUGCUUGAAUGUUAUAUUUCACAAAAAUGUUUAUGUCACUCUCAAUACAUUAAAGUGCAAUGAUUAACAUGCACUCAUUUCACGGCAAUCAGAGGAAAUGCCUGUGUUAAGGGCAACGUCUUGAAUUAGCACCAUAUCAUACUAUUAGAAUCAUAUUUUAAGAAAUAGUCGCUGUUUUCGCCCUUAAAACCAGUCAUUCCAUGUACAGUAUGUCCUUAAAGGCGGGGUGUCCGAUUUUUCUUAGCCGUUGUUGAUGUUCAAAUCACCAAAACAAACACACCCCUACCCCCAUCUUUCGCUUUCGUCAGCGCUCGGCUCGGCUAAUGUCCGUCCUGUGCACUGUGCACCUUACUGCUGAUUGGCUACAAGGUUGUUUUGGUACUCGGCCAGACUCGGGAAAUCGGUUACCCCACCUUUAAGUGAGAAAAUAUUAAAAUGGAUGAAUCGCUGCAAACGUAAUAAAAUACAAUCGUUUCUUAAGACCAACUGCACAAGCAGGUUAGGAAGCAGCAAACUCAUGACAGCGAACUCAUACAAUGAUCACUGACAUCAAGAAAUCUCAUUGUUGAAUACUGUCAGAGAACCGUCAAACUGCAGGCCAUAAUCGUCUUUCUUUUAUAAAUGUCAACACAAAAGUGAUGAGGCCCUAUCAUUUUCGGUUUUCAGUUGUUGACAUCUUAUCCAGUGUUGUUUCAUUUUGAGAAUAUUCAUGGUUGCUGUUGUUAAUAAGGCAAUUUUGUGGCAGUACGGAAUGAAAUACAGAAUGCAUGGGUCUAUUCGUUUCUGUUGUCAGGGACCUGAACGAAUUUGUAACAGCAAAUUUCAUCUACAACAGUAUUUGAAAAAGUUUCUUACACAUCUGUAAACUACUUACAUAUGAUGUAGUAUAAGAUUCCUUUUUGGUCAUUCUGAUGUGUGUUUAAGACUUGCUUUAUAAAAACAACUCAAAUGUUAUUACUUCAAAAGCAAUGAUUUUGACAUGAGCUAAAAGAAUACAGAACUGUUCUGUUAUAAAGUAAACCUGUAAGGAUCCUUGUUUAAGAAUGAACCGCAGUGCAGCCUUUCAGCUUUAUCCGGUUAGAAAUAAAAUGUUUGGCAUGUCUCUUAAAACCACAAAGAAAAACAUCGUCUUGGUUUUGUUUGAGAAUCACACUGAUGCUGUACAAUUUAAGUAACAUCUUAAGGCACAAUAAUAGAUGCUCAGUGCAUUUGUUAUUGCACUUGCUAACAAAAUUACACUUCUUAGCUUAAAAAAAAAACGUGAUAUCAAGCGCAAAUGUGGCUAAUGAGUGCGUAGUGCGUAGCUUUUUAUGCAAAUUUAUGCAAACACGCUGCCGUGGAUUUGCCUCUUUAAUCUUGUGUUUGGAAAACCAUUAAUAAAUAAACAGAAUAAGACAAACUGAUCAUCCAUCAUGUGCACUAAAUCAAUGCAUUUCAGAGUUACACAAAUGAAUGUCUUUCAUAUGUGACUACGAUAAAGUUGAGAGACAAUAUCAUCAGAAUAAAGAUGAUAAGCAUUCAAACAUUCAAGGUUUUUGAUUCAGGGUAUGAGUGUAUACAAUGUACAGAAUGAAUUUCUUUUCAUUGCAUGAUCUGUCAAAACAAAUCACUGUAAAUCUGUUACAUUGACAUUUUUGGAAAA